AAUAUGAAAGUGAAGUUAUAUUUUUUUGGGACUUUUUCAUUUUAAUUAUUUGAAUGCCUGGAGGAGAUGAAAUUUAUUACUUUUUUAUCGUGUUUUUUGCCUUAAAAAUUUUCUGUGGCACUCCUGGACCCGUGCAGACAAUCCCAAUGAUAAUAUAUAGUGUUUGAGUAGGAUCAGAAUGUUUGUUUCUCAAACGGGCAUUUUAAAAUGGUUAUUCUUUAAAAAAUGGUUAUGUUAGCUCAUUAAUAAAAAACUGACAGCUCCUAGUGUUGGGGUCAAGGGGUUUCUUCUCAAAUACCACGUUGGCUGACAUAUGUGUGUAUUUGUUAGAUUAUUGCUUUUGACAAGCUUAAAUUCAUUUGCGGUUCAUUUUGUAAUAGUUUCACCGAACUUUGAAACGGAAGCUUCUACUGUCUUUUGGUAACCCAUUUCUAGACAAUCAUUUGCAAUACCUUACUUAUUAUGCAUAUACAUAAACUCAGGUUUUGAGAGGUUGGAGUUUUAGAGAAUGUUGCUAAGGGUCUGUUUGGUACAUGGAAUUGACGGAAUUAGAAUUGAAUUGGGAGUUGAAAUUCUAUGGAAUUAAUUUGGAUGGAAUUGAGUUCUACAAUUCCAAUUCAUUUUUGGUACUACCAAUUCCAAAUCCACACAUUAUUGUGCUACCAAACAACAGAAUUGGAAUUGUUGCCCCCAAUUCCAAUUCCAUAGUUUGAAUUCCGUGUACCAAACGGAGCCUAAGUGUACAAUUUUGAAACACUGUAGAAGAAUUAGUUAGUUGUUGUGAUUGGAUAGAAGGUAUCAAAGCUCAGGUGCAAACACGUGCACACACUUGUUUAUAUGAUAGAUCAUGAUGUUUUCAAAACAGAGAACCACUAACUGUAGUCUCAUGAUUUCUUAAUUGCCUUUAUCUGAAUCCCAUUAAAAACUAUGAUUAUUGAGUUCUGACUUUUCAUCAGCUUGUUAAAAUUUAUAAAUGUUGAUUAAUAAUGAAACUACACUUUUGCAUUCAAGUUCUGUACUAGCUGUCUAGCUUAAUGUUAUCUAACCAUGACCGCAAACAAUACUGUGUCCGGAAGAAGGUCCAAGUAAUCUUAACCAGAUAAUGAGUACAAAGAGGGGUGCUGAAAACAAUAAGCUAGACGAGGAAACUUUGCCCAAGAAGCAGAAGUUAGUAGAUCAUUCAUCUCACUCAUUAUCUCCUGCUCAGCUUGCCUUUGAUAAUGCACUUCUUCCGCUUGCAUCAUAUGAUGACGAUGAUGAUGAGGAUGAUUGCAACAAAACCGAUCAGAAUUCUGUAUUAGGAAGAAUGGGGGGCAGUGAAAACAUGGAUGAUGGUGAAGAGGAUGAUAAUGAAGAUGUGAGUGGCAAAGGAACUGCAGGUAGGCAGUAUCGAAUGGUUGAAGUGAGAAGGGACUGUCCUUACCUUGAUACAGUUAAUAGACAGGUUUUGGAUUUUGACUUUGAGAAGUUUUGUUCUGUCUCUCUCACAAAUUUAAACGUGUAUGCGUGUUUGGUUUGUGGGAAGUAUUACCAAGGAAGGGGACCGAAAUCUCAUGCCUAUACACAUAGUCUUGAAGCAGGGCACCAUGUUUACAUCAAUCUGCGGACAGAAAAGAUUUAUUGUCUUCCUGAUGGAUAUGAAAUUAUAGAUUCAUCACUUGAUGAUAUUCGACAUGUUCUGUAUCCUAGAUUUUCACAGAAACAAGUCGAAGAGUUUGAUAAGAAUACACAAUGGUCUAGAGCACUUGAUGGAUCUAAUUAUCUUCCUGGAACGGUGGGGCUGAAUAACAUUAAGGAGACUGAUUUUGUCAAUGUUACAAUUCAGUCUUUAAUGCGUGUGACUCCCUUGAGGAAUUUCUUUCUUAUCCCUGAAAAUUAUCAACACAUCAAAUCCCCACUGGUUCAUCGAUUUGGUGAGCUCACGCGAAAGAUAUGGCAUGCCAGGAACUUCAAAGGACAGGUCAGCCCACACGAGUUCUUGCAAGCUGUAAUGAAGUCAAGCAAAAAACGUUUCCGAAUUGGUGUGCAGUCUGAUCCUGUUGAGUUUAUGUCAUGGCUUCUUAAUACCCUCCAUACCGAUCUGAGAACUUCAAAGAAAAGCAGCAGUAUUAUCUACAACUGCUUUCAGGGCGAGUUGGAGGUGGUGAAGGAGAUGCAUAGUAGACCUGUUGCGGAGACUAAUGGUGAUUCUGAAAAUAAGGCAAUCAAUUUUAUCACUGAAACAAGUAGAAUGCCUUUCUUGAUGCUAGGGCUUGAUUUACCACCACCUCCACUUUUCCAAGAUAUUCUGGAGAAAAACAUUAUUCCCCAGGUUCCAUUGUUCAAUAUACUUAAGAAGUUUGAUGGUGAGACUGUGACGGAAGUUGUGAGACCUCGUUUAGCAAGGAUGAGAUAUCGUGUGACAAAACUGCCGAAGUAUCUAAUUCUCCACAUGCGCCGAUUCACGAAAAACAAUUUCUUUGUGGAGAAAAACCCUACUCUUGUGAAUUUCCCUGUGAAGAACCUAGAGCUGAAGGACUAUAUCCCACUUCCAUCACCACCCAAUGCAAAGGAAAAGUUGGGGUCCAAGUAUGACUUAAUUGCCAAUAUUGUGCAUGAUGGGAAGCCCGGGGAAGGAUCCUACCGGGCAUUUGUACAGCGCAAGUCGGAAGGCCUAUGGUUCGAGAUGCAAGACUUGCAUGUCACAGAGACACUCUCACAUGUCGUUGCACUCUCGGAGGCAUAUAUGCAGAUCUAUGAGCAGCAGCAGCAGCAGUAAUUUUACACCCAGUGGUUUGCCGAACUCUAAUUGGAGAACUUGCAAUGUUCUUUACUGGUUGGAUUCUCGUUUGUGUUCUGAUAUCUAAAAGAAAUUACUCUUUGUUACUUCUUCUUACUAAGGCAUGUGAAGGAAGAAGGUUUUGUUGCGACACUUUGGAGUUUUCAUUCAGGUUUGCGCUUAUCCAAGCAGAUUUCAUUUAUGAUGCAUAUAUAUUUUUUUAAUUCUAGAUUUUAAAAUUUUGUUUUCUGAAAUCUAAUUCAAUG